AGAACUAUGACGCAAAUGAAGACCAUCUUUUCCUGGUUAAUAACUCGAUCGUCACUGAAACGAGCUACGCUGCUGGAUCUGAAUCCAAGGAUAUUGUUUGCUGUCUCUGUAGUAAAGCUAUUACAGUCGCAUGAAUCCUGAAGUUAUAUUAUGAAUUACGGCAACUUUGUCGUCAACUUGCAUCAAAGUGGUGUUCUUUCUGCAACAGCUACAAUAUUUCUCUCUCGAUAAUUGUGUAGGGUAUUAAAACACGCUCGAUAAUGGCAUUCAAUCGAUGGUCAACUGUUAUUUGCAAAACUAUCAGCAAUAGCUGUCAAAAAAACUGGUUUCUGAGGGCUGCUCCUUCCUCCUCCGCCUCUUGCAAUUGGAGUAGAUCACUGUGUGAAAAGAAUGCGUCCUCAUCAUCAUCGUCUUCACCGUCCAUGUCAUCUUAUCAUGUCGGUGGUGGACCUUCUUACAUGCGUGGAGUUGUGUUCUGGGAACCUAAUAAGCCUCUCUCCAUUGAAGAGUUCCGCAUUCCUCGCCCCAAGGCUGGUGAAAUUCUCAUCAAGACCAAGGCGUGCGGGGUUUGCCACUCUGACCUUCACGUAAUAAAAGGUGAACUUCCGUUUGCUAGCCCUUGUGUUGUGGGCCAUGAGAUCACAGGUGAGGUGGUUGAACAUGGGCCACUGACAGACACCAGGACCAUUGAAAGAUUCCCAAUAGGAGCUCAUGUGGUUGGAGCCUUCAUAAUGCCUUGUGGUAGCUGCUUCUUCUGUAGUAAGGGGCAAGAUGACCUAUGCGAGGAUUUUUUUGCUUAUAACCGAGCGAAAGGAACCCUUUAUGAUGGCGAAACACGGCUAUUCUUGCGCGACAGUGGCAAACCAAUAUAUAUGUAUAGCAUGGGAGGUCUUGCUGAAUACUGUGUUGUGCCAGCGCAUGGUUUGUGCGUUCUACCCGAUACAUUGCCAUAUACAGAGUCUGCUAUUUUGGGAUGUGCAGUUUUUACCGCCUAUGGUGCUAUGGCUCAUGCGGCUAAGGUUCGCCCUGGGGAUACCGUUGCCGUGAUUGGCAUUGGGGGUGUUGGCUCAAGUUGUUUGCAGAUAGCACGGGCAUUUGGUGCCUCUGAGAUCAUCGCAGUUGAUGUGCAAGAUGACAAACUGCAGAAAGCUAAAACGCUUGGGGCUACUCACGCCAUAAAUGCACGGAACGAGGACGCUGUUGAAAAAAUUCGAGAAAUAACCGGAGGAAGGGGCGUAGACGUUGCAGUGGAAGCCCUUGGGAAACCACAAACGUUUUUACAGUGUACCCAGAGUGUAAGAGAUGGGGGAAAAGCUGUAAUGAUUGGGCUUACAGACUCUAGUGCCAGAGGAGAGGUAGAUAUAAACCGGCUGGUUCGUAGGCAGGUCAAAAUAAUUGGCUCAUAUGGGGGCAGAGCAAGGCAAGAUCUUCCAAAGCUGGUAAAGCUGGCAGAAAGCGGUAUCUUCAAUCUCAGUGCUGCUGUUUCAAGAACAUGCCGGAUAGAGGACGCUAACGACGUAUAUCUAGAUCUCAACCGAGGUAGUAUUAUUGGUCGCGCUGUGGUGGAGAUUAUGUAAGCCCAUAGGUUUGUUCUCUCUCUUUCCUCCCGUCUGUUGAUGUGGCACUGAACAAAUCUGAACAGAUAUCUGUUUAUCCAGGGAGAACUGAAAUUUGUGUGCAAUAAUGUGCUUUUAAGUGAGGCUGUGGCCACCGGGGGCAGGGGCUAUAUUUUACCAAUCUAAUUUCUUGUCUUAAUCGCAAUGAUGUCGAGAUUGUAUUUGUAAUAACAUUCUGUUUCACUUAUGUACUAAGGCAUCUUGUUGUAAUC